AGCCAACUUUUUGCAGCUCAUAUCCGGGAGUGGGGAAAUGACUGCCCCGCCCGAGUUCAGCGAUGGCUCCGAACUUCAGGAGCUUCUGGCACAUCCUCCGCCCUGCGUUGACCGACGUUCAAGGCUAAGAUUGGUGGCGGGCAUUAGUGGCAGCAUGGGCUUGGGCUUCCUGAUUGCGGCCGUGUUCGUCUACAAUCCUCAUGGGCUUCAAAGCAGGACCCGUACGUUUCUGGGACUAGCUCUCGACCAGGUUGACCGUGAAGACUUGCAGAACUGCUUCUCGGAGGGCAUGUUCUAUGAUGCCCCGCGGACGCUUCCGGGCACCGGACGCACCGUGGAGCUGAACCCCGAGCUGUGUCAAGAGAGAUGCCAAGGAACUGAAGCCUGUGCGCAUUUCACCUUCUGGCCAGAUGGUGGGUGUUUGCUCACUGGGGCGGACUCAGAGCUGAAGGCUUCUCCUGACAGGUACUCCACCACUGUCACUGGCCCGAAGUAUUGCCAAAAGGCCCUAGAGAAGGCGGAAGCAGUCUUGGAUGAGCUGGAAGUGGAGGAAAGCGGCCCACACCAUGAGGAGUCUUUGAGCUCAUGGGGUGGAGGAAAGUAUUCAGCUGUAGAGCUUGAAAAGGGGAGCGUCAAGGAAGUCCUGAAGGAUGUCAAACUGGCGACGAAAACAGCCAUGGUGGACAGAGGAAAGCCAGAACCACUUCCAGGUGUGAAUGGGUCCACUUGCGCGAGCUAUCCGGCGUGUGUCGCAGCUGGGAUGUCACAAGGGAAUUGCUGCCCCAAUUUGAACCAUAUUGCCCUCGACUGCUGCGAUGGCUUCCCCAAGGCGGUUUGGCAGGACGUGAACUACGGCGAUGCUGACUGUGCAAUGUUUCCUCAAUGCACGAAGCUGAACAUGUCAGGAGCUUGCUGCCCUGCAGCCAACGGCGAGAACUUGGAAUGUUGCGGAGUGUAGGUGAAGGAAGGGCCCUUGCCCACGCUUCUUUGAACUUUGAAUGCAACAAGUCAAAUUCCCAAGAAUUUUUUCCUUUUGGCAUGGCAUGCAGUGAUUUUUCAUGCUCAAACAACAUCCGAACAUCAAUCUUAAAAGAGAGUUUCACCAUGGCAAGUUACUCCGAACACUUGCGAUUCUUUCCUGGAAUCCAGCACAAAUAUGCAAAAAAGAAGAUGAGGUCUUUUUCUUUUUCCUGUGAAUGAGUGGUUGGAGUCAAGGUCCGUUCGGAGGUGAGGUGCUGAUCCGUUUCGGCACGAAAUGGUGGUAGAAUGCUUGCAGAUGAGACCUAGUGCCAAAGAGUACAAAAUCAGGGUGCCAAGAUCGCAUGAGCUCGUGCCUUGGGUGCCUGGGCAGAAGUGGACACAUAUAUAAUUAAUUUUUCUUUCUCAGGACAGUCGUCACUUGUGGCCUUUCAGAAUUGCAGCCUGACUCUUGAUCAAGUUUUUGAGAAGGAGACAGUGAUCA